AUGAAUGAGGUGAAAGAAUUACUCAGGAACAUCGAGCAGUCCUACAAACUCUUCCAGCAACAGCAGUUCACUUUUAUUGCUGCCUUGGAGCACUGCCGAGAGAAUGCUCAUGACAAGAUCAGACCCAUCUCGAGCAUUGGUCAGGUGCAGAACUACAUGGAACACUACUGUAACAACAGCACCGACCAUCGGAUCCUUCAAAUGUUCCUGAAAAUCUGCAUGGAGUUGAACAAGCUCUGCCAGCAAUUUGAGGCCCUGCAUCCUGGAACCCCAACCACCAACAACAUCUUGGAGAAAUGCAAAAUUCUUGUUAGCCAUAGUAAUGACCUGAGCAGUCUAAGAGCAAGAUACCCUCAUGAUGUGGUCAACCACUUGAGCUGUGAUGAGGCAAGGAAUCACUACGGAGGAGUUGUGAGUCUCAUCCCUAUAGCACUGGACUUAAUGAAAGAAUGGAUCGCCCACUCUGAGAAAUUACCACGCAAAGCAGCUCAACAUGUGAGUGACCAGAAGGGUGACAAGAAGAGUACAGGAGCCAGAAUUAAAUGCCAUUCCAUUGGCACACAGACUUUGGUUAAGAGAGAAAGAAAUAGGGACCCUAAGAAACAGAACAAAUUUAGAGGAAAAAAUCAAGGGAAAAGUCUCAUUCCUCCUUGGAGACCACCAGGGGGACCUGUCCUUUAA